AUGAGAGGGGGAGGGUACUUCAGGAUUUGGCCGCAUUUGGAGUUUCAGCGGAUGAAUUACCCCACAUGGCCUCCUCCGAAUUCUUCGCCUUUGCAUCCGAUUGAGCCCUGGGGCCGUCAGGUUUUUGUGUUUACUCCCUACGCCGCCGAUCUGACUGCACCUCUCUCAGGGCCUUAUCCGCGUUCUCCUCCCUUGAGGGGACCUGCGCCUCCUUCGGUUCGCCUCUCCCCUCGAUUGGAGCGUUUAGCUGCUGAAUCUGCAGCAGCAGCAGAGCGUGCUGCUGCUGCUGCUGCUGCAGGUGGUUUGUUGGGUGUGUUGUCUGCUCCUGCGUAUGCAGCAGCAACAGCUGCGAAGAAAGCAGCAGCAGCAGCAGCAACAGCAGCAGCAGCAGAAAUAGCAGCGGGGCCGCUGCAGCAAGCAGCAGCUCCUGUUCUUUGUAUAACCGACUAUGGCAGGCGUCCUCUAUUGUUUUUAUCAAGCGAAGAUUUGUCUGAAUUAAAAAGGCAUAUGCAGCACUUCUACACCUUAAUGCGAGAAUUCAAGCGCUCCGCCAAGCGGCUUUGA